UAAUGGUGAUCAUAAUAAUAACUAUAUUGAAAAUGUUUUAUAUGCCAAGAACUGUUUUAAGUGCAUUCACAUGUAUUAGUUCAUGGAAUUCUGACGUUAACUCUUCUAAAUCAGUACCAUUUACGCUCCUCUUGGCAGGUGAAAAAACAGGUUCAUAGGGACUAAACAGCUUGUCAGAGUUACUCUGCUUCCUCAACCCUGCUGUUUUGUAAUCCAUAGGAAUUGAAGAAGACCAGAUAGGAGAUGGCUCUUAUUUUUCUGGCAGCAACCAAGCAAGAUCUCCUGGCUUCACGGUGCCCCUCUGUGGAUUAUCUGAGUUAUCUGACCUAACAUUCUUUUUCUACCAUAGUACCUCCUUUUGCCCUCCUCCUUGAAAUCAUAAAAAGCUGCCCUUUCUGGCACUUCAUACUUCAUAGUUAAUUACACCUCAAACGUCUCUGACAUAUAACCUCUCUAAUUUUCUUUCAUUCUUUCCCACACUUGUCCAAUUCCUUGAGACUUCCUCAUGCUUCCUCACUUCUCCUUUUCUGUCACUCUAAUCAAAAACCUUCAGAAAUGUUUUGAACACCUACCAUGUUCUAGGCACUGUUCUGAGCCCUUGAAAUAUAUCACUGGAAAAAAAAUAAAAUAUUAAAAUCUCUUCCAGCAAAAAGUUUACAGUCUAAUGGAAAUCAGACUUUUGUGUGUUUGACUUCUACUGUGCUUAUUCCUUGCUACACUUCUUCCCCCAUUAACCCCAACCCCCACUCCCAAAGAGAGUUCAUAGAACCUUAAGAGUUUGCAGAGAACAGUUUUAAAUCUUUUAAUUCUAGAUGGAGAAGUUGAGGCUUAGAAAGAAAAAGGCCUUGACAAGGGAUGUGAUUCCUGGGCAUCUAACUCCCAGGUCAGUGCUCUCUGCUACACAUGCUGACUCUCCAUGUCUGGUUGUCGCAGAUCCCAGACUGAUAACAAGAUAUGGAUCAACUCAUAAACAACUUGGAGGUCCAACUAAAUUCGGAAAGUGGCUCAAUGCAUGUAUUCAGACAGGUCACUGGUCCUGUUCAGAUCACAGAUCCCUCUAAGAUAGCAGACAGACAUAAUAUGACAUCUCCAUCUCUCCUGGAUGCUAAUCCCAUGGAGAACCCAACACUGUUUAAUGACAUCAAGAUUGAGCCCCCAGAAGAACUUCUGGCUAACGAUUUCAACCUGCCUCAGGUGGAACCAGUCGACCUCUCCUUUCACAAGCCCAAGGCUCCUCUCCAGCCUGCUAGCAUGCUGCAAGCUCCAGUACGUCCUCCCAAGCCACAGCCUACUCCCCAGGCCCUUGUAGUGUCCACUUCAACAUCUGACACAGGCACUUCAGCAAAUAUCCCUACCGUUCUGACUCCAGGCUCUAUCCUGACCUCCUCUCAGGGCACUGGUGGCCAGCAGAUCUUACAUGUGAUUCACACUGUCCCCUCAGUCAAUCUGCCAAAUAAGAUGGGUGGCUUGAAGACUAUCCCAGUGGUAGUGCAGUCGCUGCCCAUGGUGUAUACUACUUUGCCUGCGGAUGGGGGCCCUGCAGCCAUUACAGUCCCACUCAUUGGAGGAGAUGGGAAAAAUGCUGGAUCAGUGAAAAUUGACCCCACGUCCAUGUAUCCACUGGAGAUCCCAAGUGACAGUGAGGAGAGUACAAUUGAAAGUGGAUCCUCGGGCUUACAGGGUAUUCAAGGACUACAGCAAGAACCAGCAGCAAUGACACAAAUGCAGGGAGAAGAGUCCCUUGACUUCAAGAGAAGACGGAUUCACCAAUGUGACUUUGCUGGAUGCAGCAAAGUGUACACCAAAAGCUCUCACCUGAAAGCCCACCGCAGAAUCCAUACAGGAGAGAAGCCUUAUAAAUGCACCUGGGAUGGCUGCUCCUGGAAAUUUGCUCGCUCAGAUGAGCUCACCCGCCAUUUCCGCAAGCACACAGGCAUCAAGCCCUUCCGGUGCACAGACUGCAACCGUAGCUUUUCUCGCUCUGACCACCUCUCCCUCCACCGCCGGCGCCAUGAUACCAUGUGAGCGGCACAGACCGUGCUAGAAGAGCUGCACUGGUCUUUUUCCUGUGUGUGUGCUGAAGUCAUGAGGAAACUGUUUGACUUCAGCUUGCCUCUAGGAUGAGAUGGGAGCAGAUCACUGCGCCAGGUUGAUGAGACUAGAGGAAAAGGUAGCUGGUCUCCCAUGGAGGUUCCUCAUCUUCCACCUUCACCUCUCCACUGUCCAGUCCCCAAUUUUUUCAACCUCCACGUGGGUAGAAUUCCAGUGUGGCACUCAUGGUUGCCCCUCCACCCCCAUCUCUACUCUGAGAUAGGACAUCUUCCCAACAAUAACAAAACAGGAAUCAAACUCAAGGCUGUGAACAAACAUAUGCUGCUUUUUUUCCUAUUUUUUCUCUUGUUUUCUGGAAUUAUCUAUAUUUUUGAAUCAGUAUAUUUAAAAGUGUUUGGUAGUGUUCUAAAAUGACUUUUUUCAAGUUCAUAGAUAGAAGAGGGUAUAACAAUGUAGUUGGUUGGUAAGAUUUACAGAGAUUUGGUUCCUGAGUAUAGAGCACAUUCUCAGUAAAUAAGCUGAGUCCCAUACCAAACUUAAAGGUUUUGUAAAUCCAAUCUAUUUCUUCUUAGAGUUUGGUUUUCAGACAGUGCUGGUGCUUCUGCUUCUUAAGUCUAUUGAAGGGAAUGAAGGGAUCUUCUUGUCCUUGUCCUUGUCCUAUUCUUCCUCCUCUUUCAGGAUUAAAGAUUUUGCUGCACAAUUAUGAUAAUCUUUGUUAGGUUAAAUUUGGUUAGAUGCUCAAAACACACAUUGACAUGCCAGUAGGGAGAAAAAUGUUUCAGGAGAGUAUGUUGGGAAGUGAGAGAAACAAUCAGGCCUAAGAUGCUUCUGAAAACAAAUAGAGGGGGACUUUCAUUUGUAUAGGAUAUCUAAAGUGCUGUAAUCACAAACCUCAUUCAAAUGGCAGCCUGUUGAGAUACUCGUGUCUUGAGGGGCUGCACUAUACUGUUUAUUCCUUUGUUUACAUAAAACAACUGUUAUGAGCAUAUUGCAUGAUGAGAAAUCACACACUGGCCAUGUUAUACAGAGGUGAGGGAUUGGAAGAAAAAAUUUUGUUAACUCCUUAUUAGUAUGCAUUCCUGUGCUUCAAACAGAAUAUAAGAGGCUUUUAGUGAAAACUGACCUACAAAAAGCAAUUUGAUGUUCUGUAAUUGCUAUGAACGCCUAAGCCAUUUCUUUUAGCCAUUAUAGCAGGUUGCACAAUAUAUACAUUUGGUUACCCAAUCAGACUGUUUCAUGAUAGUCUCUGCAACAUAAAACCCUCUGUUCCAGGCCCUGGACCUCAGAUCUACCUCCACAUGGCAUAUUUCCUCUCCCGGAGGCGAGGGGGCGUUGCAUCACUUAGUUUUGGACUUGGCCUCUCUCCUAAAGGUUGUCUUCAUUGUGAACCCCUUUUCCUUAGUGGAAAUUCAACGAGUCCCUGCUUUAAUACUUUUUGUUACUACCUCCCAAGGCCGUCCAUUCUGACUAAAUCAUAGAAUUCUAGCACUAAGAGGGGAUCCUAUUAACCAUCUAGUCUAACCCAUCAUUCGUAUUUUACAAGUGAGACAAAUACGGGUCAGAUUCUUUCCCCAGAUGUUUCCUUGAGGCCUUGUAGACCUGCACACCCAUUCUCCCAGGGAUCACAUUAUUAAACCAAAUUAAAGAAAAUUUUAUAUGAUUGUUUUCAGUAUUUGUCCAAUUUUAUAUGUUAUGCUUCAGAAAACUUUAGACCACUCACAACAUCAUUUACCGUUGAUUAAAUAGUAUGUAAAAUGUGCUUGUGGUCAUUGACAUAUAACAUUAGACACAUAAUUUUUCUAUUCUAACACUUUCUAUUAUAUCUCACAUUUGAUUUACCUCAUUUUAACUUAUAAUGUCUUUCCAAACCAUAUCCCUCAAAAAUUCAAAAAUUGCCAUAUUUUUCAAAAUGACAUGUGGAUUUUUACUAUUAUUAUUGUUAUUUUGAUAUAGACUUUUCCCUGACUUUUCGUGUGCAAGUUCCACACUGUAGACUAAUUGCUAAAACACUAGGAAGUAUCUAGGGCCAGUCUGUUAAAGGGGACUUCUAUGUAGCUAUAACACAGAUUGUUAAAGUUGAAUUACCAUUAUACAUAGAUUUAAGCUUAUAAUUGAGUAGUUGAUAAUGGUAUUUCACAGUCAAGUCCAAGGGAUUACCCAUUUUCCCCAGAGUUUGGAUGCUGAGACUCCUUUUCCAGAGUUUAUAACUGACCCAUGCCCCUCAGACCUCAGGAUCUUUUGCAUUGGAGCAUAUGAUCUAUUUAUAAAUAAAGGCUAUAAAACAUACUAUUGUACUAAUUAGGAUGAUCAAAUUAGGAUUUCAAAUAUUGGUAUCCCUGACAUCCCUAAGCUUUUAUUCAAAUUUUUUCCUGCAAAGUAAUGAAGGACUUUGUUAAUGCUUUAUUAAUUGUCUAUAGUCAGGAAACAAUUCUAACCCUAUUCUCAUUACCUUCCCCCCUCCAAAUAAUAUACAAUCCUUCCAAUUAUUUACAUAUUCUUUAAGAAAUAUUUCAAAAUUUAUUAAGAGUAUUUCAUAGGGUACAGGGAUUCAAAUAUAGUACAAUAGAGUACUGCACCAAAAGCAUAUAGAACUUUGCUAAAUAGACAAUGAGAUGGAAAGGAACUGUUGCUCUUAGGUAGCAUUUGGGAUUAAUUGAAUUUUCUGUGCUCACACCAGCAAAGCACCAUUAUGUGGACAGUUUCCUAGGUCAUGGAAAAUGGCCUUGUUCCAUAGGGUUGGAUAAUAUCAUGGGAUUUGUUUCAGUAGAAUUCUUCCAUCUGUAGAUGAUUGGCAGUUAAACAUAACUAUUGAGAAUUAUGAUUGAAAAUUUCAGGAAAAACUAUGAAGAAUGGGAACUGGUUGGGUGGAUUAGGUGGAGGGAAUUAUGGGCAAGACAGAAAGGUUUGUGAGAGUAACUUUUUAAAUAAAUUUUUAAAUUUAGAACAGUUUUAGAUUUAGGGAAAGUUGUAAAGAUCAUACAGAGAGUUUUCCUAUACCUGAUAGCCAGUUUUUCUUAUUAUUAGCAUCUUUCAUUAGUAUGGUACAUUUGUUAUAAUUAAUGAAGUAAUAUUAAUACAUUGUUAUUAACUAAAGUUCAAACUUUAUUCAGCUUCCUUAGUUUUUACCUAAUAUUCUUCUUCUAUUCCAACAUCUCAUUCAGGAUACCACAUCCCAUUUAGUAGUCAUAUCUCCUUAGGCUUCUCUUGGUUGUGACAGUUUCUCAGACUUUCCUUGUUUCCUAUGACCUUGACAGUUCCAAAGAAUAUGUCCCUCAAUUGAGAUUUGUCUGAUGUUUUUCUCAUGAUUAAACUGAGGUUAUGAGUUUGGGGGAGGAAGAACAUAGAAGUAAACUGUCAUUUUCAUCACAUCAUAUUAACAUGACUUAUAAUCUUGAUUUAAAUCUUGAUCACCUGGCUGAGAUAGUGUUUGUCAGAUUUCUCCUCUGUAUUCUUCCCCCCCCCCAGCUUCAUACUGUACUCUUUGAAGGAAAUCACUAUGUGCAGCCCACACUUGAGUGGUAAGUUAUGCACUACAUUCUUGAGGGUAUCUACCUAAAGUUUUUGGAAUUCUUCCUCAUGGGAAAUUUGUCUCUUCUCCCUCAUUUAUUUAUUUAUGCAAUUAUUUACUUGUAUCAGUAGGGACUCAUGGAUAUUUAUCUCAUACUUUGGGUUAUAAUUCAAUACAACUUUAUUUUGUUGCUAAAUUGUUCCAGUUUUGGCCAUUGGGUACUCUUUUGGGUAGAGUCCCAAGUCCUUUUGACAUACCCCAUCAUUUUUUUAGCACAUCCUUAUUUUCUGGCAUUACAAGAUGCUCCAGGCUCAUCUUGUACAUUUUUUUGGCCCACUUCUAUAAUCAACCAUUUCUUUAAGGAGUCCUAGUUUCUUUUAAUGGAAAAUUAUAUUAGAAACCAGGAUCUGGGCCUUAGAUGUGCUUGUCACUACUGGGUAUUGUUGCUUCUUGGCCAUCUCAGCUGACAGAGGAAGGAAAUAUAUGUGUGUACACUAACUCAUGUAUAUAAAUGUAUCUAUAAAUAUUUCUGUAUGUAAUCAUCCAUAUCUUUAUUAAGCUAAACUUGAGUUCAUACUAAUGUCUCCAACUCUAAUCCAUUACCACAUGAAUUAUUCUAACCUGUUUUCUUUGCUUAUCUGUAACCUCCCACUCCAACAGUGAGAAACUUGGCUCACACACUCUGCCAUCUAUUUACUUAAUUGUUCAGUUCCAGUAUACAUGUAUUGUGGUAUCUAGUUAACCUGUACACCUGUGGGAAACGACUAGAGUGUAGUACUUACAUACACAAUAGUAACAUUUUUAGAACUCCAACAGCUCUUUGAAAUAAAGUAAUCUGAAAAAUUUAGAAAUUAGAGAUUUCUCUGAUCUCAGUUUCAGGAAGUUUGGGUCUAUUUUGUCCCCAAAAAGUUUUCUCAAGAACGAAACCAUUGGAAAUUGACCUAACCUUGAAUAAGCCAAGAGAAAUUAUUGAUCCUCCACAGUGUGCUAAUACCUAUAGAGAGAGAUGGACACAGAGGAAAGUGGGUGUGCCCAAUUUAAAGAAACACAUAGCACUAUAUUUUCUCACUGGUAAAUAUGACUUUCUGACAAUAGGGGUGCUACCCUCAGUUACCUCUCUUCCAUAUUUUCCCAUCUCUCACUUGGUUGACCUUAGACAAGUGCAUCACCUCUCUGUGCCUCAGUUAACUCAUCUGUAAAAUGGGAAUCCAAAUAUCUACCUCACAGGAAUGUUGUGAGGAUUCUCAUUAAUGGAUGUUGGCAAGAAUGAUGGGAGAUCCUUAAAUGAACAACAAAAUAUUAUGAUUAUCACUAUAAUGAUAAGUAUAGUACCCUAUAUUUACCCUAGAGAAAGGAGAGGAUUAGGCUUCCUGGGUGAUAAAGAGCUAAAUUUGAGUCAGUAACAAGGAUAAUUGAAGAGUGGUCACUGGAAGCAAUAUUCUUUCUUCUUUUCCUCUCACUUUCUCUACAUUCUUUUCAUUACUAGCAAUAGGAUUCUCAUCUGUUUUCAGACUCCAAGCACAUUAGGGCCUAAAGGAACAGGUAGGCAAAAUCCAUUGCUUUAAAAGCUGCAUUCUUCCCCUUUCCUUACUCUGCCUGGACCAUAUUACAUGUCACCCUAUGAGAAGCACAAAGGGAAUUUCCCAGAGCCCUUCAGACUUUGGCCAGUUUGACUUCACUAGUUACAAUUUCUCUUUCCCCACUGAGAGUACCCUGAACAGUAUAGGUAGGAGGGAAGUGGGAUAGGGUGGUUGGGGUGGGAGUGGGAUGAAGAAGAUAGAAUUUGUACACAUGACAGGAUAUUUCUUUGAUUAUCAAACACUGGUUUCACUUUCCAUUUCCUUUUCUGGUGGUGGGUCAGGGGUAGAGGGAGAGAUACUAUUUUGUUAACUGUUAAGAAACUCUCCUUCUCUUCCAGUUGAUGUUUCCCAGAGGCAGUACAAGUAGUUGUGUUGGACAUUACUUUAUAAAUAUGUUAUAUGUAGUGCUGUUUUUAUUGUAUUCCUGAAUGAAAAGAGGAAGAGAAUCCUUGGUGGUGUCCAUCCUUGUGUUUUGACAGGAGGUCACAGUAGGAAAGCAGUGCCAGAAACUGACUCUUUUGUGUAUGUGUGUGUGUGUGUGUUGGGGAAAGGAGCCUGCAGUAAAGGGAUUUAUUGAAUUUUUUGUCAUUGUUGGUUUGUUUAAAGAAAUUAUAGAACAGUAUAUUAAGCUUUAGUCUCUGUAACUCUUAUGUUUGUGCCUUGUUAUUUCAGGGCUUUAGAGCAGCACCCCGUUUUUCCUCUAUUUUCUACUAGUUCUUGUUCCAGAGACAUGGCUUUGAGGCUAGGAUCAUGAGCAAUCUCUCAUAUACAAGUCUAUUAUGCACCUGGAGAUACUCAAGAAUUGCUUCAGUUAUCAUGGCCACUUAGAGGUUACUCUGUUCUAGCCCAAUGGGACUCUCCCUCUGUGGCAUCUAGGCAGGGUGUGUGCUUGGUUACUAAGCAAUCUUCUGUUUGAUUAUUAUACUUUUUUAUUAAUAAAAAUAUUUUAAACU